CGCAUGCCCCAUUCCCCCCACAAUAAAGUUCCAAAAUUCAACAACUCUUCUUAUUUCUUUCUCAUAUGUAUUCAUAAAUUGCCUUUUAUUUCUUCCAUUGUUCUUUAACUUCUGAAAACCUCAUCAACCCAGUUCAAGAUUUGCAAAACCCACAAGGAAAAAAGUGAAAAAAUAAAAAAAUUCCGUCAUGGGAAGGUCUCCUUGUUGUGAGAAGGCUCAUACAAACAAAGGGGCUUGGACCAAGGAAGAAGACGGCCGUCUUAUUGCUUAUAUCAAAGCUCACGGCGAGGGCUGCUGGCGCUCCCUCCCUAAGGCCGCUGGUCUCCUCCGCUGCGGCAAGAGUUGCCGCCUUCGAUGGAUCAAUUAUCUCCGCCCUGAUCUUAAACGUGGAAAUUUCACUCAACUUGAAGAUGACCUCAUCAUCAAACUUCAUAGCCUCCUUGGAAAUAGGUGGUCUUUGAUAGCGGGAAGAUUACCGGGACGAACGGAUAACGAGAUAAAGAACUAUUGGAACACCCACAUAAAACGAAAGCUUUUAAGCCAAGGAAUCGACCCAACGACUCACCGUUCGAUUAGUGGCUCGUCAAUAGCGAAACAUCCAGCUACCACCAUAUCCUUUGCUUCCAAUUUUACCUUGGAGGAUCAGGAAGAUGGAAAGAAACCAGUUAUGAAUAGUUACAAUCCGACCGAAGAAGAACAGUGCUUGGACUUGAAUCUCGACCUUAGAAUCAGCCCGCCACCGUACACGGCGGCGACCGUGAAGAAUGAAGGGAGGAAUAGUCUUUGCUUCUUUUGCAGUUUGGGGUUUGAGAAUAGUAAGAAUUGUAGCUGUGGAAAUGGCAAAAUUAUUGCUUCUAGUGAUGGUAAUGGUAAUGGGUAUGAUUUUUUGGGAUUGAAAAGUUGUGUUUUGGAUUGUAGAAGUUUGGAGAUUAAAUGACAUUUAGAAUUUGAUUUUUUUUAGGGUUCUUUGUGAUAAUUCAAAUUAUAAUGUGAAAUUCGGAUUCGGGUAUGCAUGAUCA